UAAAUUAGGAUUUGUAAAUAAGUGGAGCACUAAAUUUAUAAAAAAUAAGAGACGGAAAAAAAAAGAGAGAGACGCCAAUCAAACAUCAAAAGGAACCGGAGAAGAAGGACCCCCCGGAGAUCUCUCGCUUCUUCUUCUUCUUCUUCCACCAUUCUUUCUCUCGGCGCGCGCUUCAUCCUCGAUUCGAUUUGGUAGGUCCUUUGGAGUUGGAUUCGUUUAGUUUUUCAAAGUAUUGGUAUUGAGGGAGGAUGGGUGUGAAGCAGGCUCUAAGGAGCAUCGAUGCGUUUCCUAGAGCAGAGGAUCACUUGCUGCAGAAGACGCAAUCUGGUGCAGUUGUAUCUAUUGUUGGACUUCUUAUAAUGGCUACUUUGUUCUUGCACGAGCUGAGUUACUAUCUUAACACACUUACAGUGCAUCAGAUGUCAGUUGAUUUAAAGCGUGGAGAAACUCUUCCUAUUCAUGUAAAUAUGACGUUUCCAUCUUUGCCUUGUGAUGUAUUGAGCAUGGAUGCAAUCGACAUGUCAGGGAAGCAUGAAGUGGAUCUCGAUACAAAUAUUUGGAAACUCCGUCUCAACAGUCAUGGUCAUAUCAUUGGCACAGAAUAUAUAUCUGAUCUUGUUGAAAAGGAGCAUGACCACUCAUCUCACAAGCACGAUGGCAAAGAAGAACACAAGAAUGAGACGGAAGCAGUGAAUACCCUGGGAUUUGAUGAAGCUGCUGAGACGAUGAUUAAAAAGGUGAAGCAAGCAUUAGCAGAUGGAGAAGGAUGUCGGGUGUAUGGUGUCUUAGAUGUACAGCGGGUUGCUGGAAACUUCCACGUUUCAGUUCACGGGCUGAACAUCUAUGUUGCUCAAAUGAUAUUUGGAGGGUCCAAGAACGUAAAUGUGAGCCAUAUGAUUCAUGAUCUAUCCUUUGGGCCGAAGUACCCUGGCAUUCACAACCCGCUUGAUGACACAAACCGAAUCCUGCGUGACACCAGUGGAACCUUCAAAUACUAUAUUAAGAUUGUUCCGACGGAAUAUAGAUAUCUUUCGAAAGACGUUCUGACAACAAAUCAAUACUCUGUAACUGAAUACUACACACCAAUGAACGAAUUCGACCGGACAUGGCCAGCUGUCUACUUCUUAUAUGAUCUUUCACCUAUCACCGUGACCAUCAAGGAAGAACGCCGUAGUUUUCUCCACUUGAUCACCCGUCUCUGCGCUGUAUUAGGGGGUACCUUUGCUUUGACAGGAAUGCUAGAUCGUUGGAUGUUCCGCUUGAUUGAGUCUUUCACAAAGAAGCCGAGUACCAGAAGCAUACACAAGUGAACAGAGAGGAGAAAAGGACCAAGGAAGAUGAAUCUCUUAAACCCCCAGAGAGUACAAGAACCUCCAGGGGAUUGAUGAUACGUUUGCUAGAUCAACACACACAACAUUAGAAUCCCUUUGAGCUUUUCCUCUAAAUGUAUCAUUACUCUGAUUCUCUCUGGUCAUCUAGUAGAAUUAUAUGUAACUUUAUACACUUUUGCGUCUUUUAGCUUUACCGAGAAAAAAAGAUUUCCAUUUAUUUUGUAACGCUGAUUCACUAUUUUAUUACAAGUUACGUCAUAAAUUCUU